UGUUUAUGUUAUUUUAAAAUUUUUACAAACAAGAGGAUACCGAUUAGAUUUAUGUAAUACGUAUAUUGCUACUUACUCGGUCGCCAUGAUCGACAGUGCUUCACCGAUCACCAAAAACAAUCUUAACGUAGAUUCGCUAAACUCGUCGGUGAAUACUGUAAUUAUGAUUGUGGUAAAGUACAAGAAGCGUUUCUUGUCUGGACAAAAGUUCGUUUUGUACUAAUUCAGGGUACAACUGUCCCCCGAAUCACAAGAUCUCGGUUCUCGUGCUUGGUCGACAAAGCGAGAAGAGUCGCGAUCGUCGACCAGUCACCACGCUGUGAAUCAGGAGCGGAAACAUUAGAACUCAGCAGGGUGGAAAUAUGCAAUUAACAUCCGUUACGAGCAACUCGAGUGCGAUUUUUCAGUGUUACUCUAUAGUUUGUCGUGUCAUCAUGCAGAAAUCUCUGUGCAUCAUCUGCGUCUACGUUGUAGCGAGUUGUGCUGCAACCUUGCCGGAGAAAAACGAUGGUGUCCUGGACAAGAUUAAGGUGGGCCUGGAGUACGCCACGAAUUAUUUGGAGACUGCGAAAGACAUCGCCGAUUUGGUAGCCAGGAGUUUGGGUCGUAAGCAGAAAGAGAAGCUUGGAGAAGACAGCGACACGAAGGAGAAAGGAAGUUUCUUGCCCUCUGGCAUCAUGUCAGCGUUUUUCCGGCUGGUUGGGCUCGACUCGCAGAAAGUUACAGCGAUCGCCGUGAACAGUGUCAUAUUCCUCGCGCAAAUGAUAAGUUCGAUGUUCGGGUUGAAUCCUCCAAAGGGAAACAUCGCGAGGGAUUUAGACGACGAGGACGAAGCUUCGUCCUGGAAUCCUGCAAACAUAAUCAUGGAGAGCAAGAACGAGAGAAUACAAAAGUUGAUCGAGCAGGCGCACGACGAGAAUCUGCCCAGCGAGUUGAUCGAAAGGGUGGACGGUGUCGAUUCUGCCUGCAUCAGAUUGUUGCUGUGCAAAACAUCGCCGGUGAUUAGAGCAGCCCAGAGCUUCCUGAAGAACAAAACUCGUAGCAAAUCUCGACGAAUGACAUCAUGGCUGCCCAGCAGAGACGAAUUCGAGGAAAACAGCGAUCACUGCGAAAACACGCACACUGAUUGCAGUUUAUUUGCGUAGGGCCAUGGUUUAUUUAACAUUAUUCGCUGGCAGGUUGUCAAGUACGUGUCAACGAUGUUCGAGAAACAUCUGAGGAGAGUUAAAAUUAAUCUAUAUAAUUACUUUCAUUGCUUUGUCUGUCGGAAAUGUGACAAAUAAGAGGCAGAGCACUCGUUUGUAUAGCAUAUAUAUAUUUGCAUCCAUACAAAUAUAUACUACAUAUAUUACAGAAUAUACAAGGUACAUACUCCAAAAAUUAAUUUACUGAAUCUCGAAUGUCGUAAUACCUCCCGUAUAGUGCGCGUACGCGUCGACGAACGAAAAAAGAAAAAGCAGAGUGAAUCGCGAUGCAAAUCCUCUCAAAGUAUGUAUCGUUCAUUUAAAUAAAUUCCGCCGAAUGAAGUUUGGCCGUACGCUUCACGCUUCCGCCAUCGCCAGGAUGGCUGCACGAGUUUUUCGAAUAAAAUUAUUUCGCUCCUUGUCAGACAAACCUCACAAACAAUGUGUCACCCAUCUUCGCCAUCGUGUUCCGCGAAACUCGUUGUGCGAGGAACUUGAUAUCAAGUGACGUAACAAAACAACGCAAUCGAGUCGUAAAAUGGAUUCUCGCUAUUGCACUAUGCGCGAAGCACCAUUCGAACAGUCGACGAAACAAACGGAGGGAAUGUCGAACGUAACACCCUAAUCGGAAAUGGGCAAUAUUCUUAGCUAGAUAAAAACUCUGAUAACAAGAGAAAGGUAAACGACAUCUUACGCGUUACUGCUUCCAUAAAAAUUGGAACGAAUAAAAACUUAUUUAAUUAACACUUCAAUUAAAUGCGCUACGUUCGAUUGCAUUCGUCGAUAUAUCAAUCGAAUAAAAUUCUGCUCAGCCUCGAUCGUGAUACGUCGAUACGUCGAACGACAAGCGUUGGCGGUACAAUCGUUCACGAGGAAGAUACUUGUACGAUUCGCAAAGGACGGUACUAAUAUAAAAUCUCUACGCUCUGGAACCUUCGUAGGGAUUGUCGAGGACGUUCGCGAGCUCGAACGUCUCGGGGAGAGACUCUACGAUUCCAAAUAUCGACCCAACGACUCUAUUGAUACAUAUUACUUUUUAACGGUACGAUUAUCGUCCUGUCCGAACAUCGAUCAACGUCAGGAUGAUCGCUAAACGGAACGUAGUCGAAUGAAGUAUCAAAGAGGACAGUAACAAGAAAGAAGGAACCGUUUACUUAACAACUACGUGGAAACAAGGUA